GGUGUAGCUCCUCCCCCGUGCAGUCAGUCAGUCAGUGGGGUGUCGGUGGUGCAGAGCGGGGAGGAUGGGGGGAGAGAUCACAUCUUCCAUCUACUGCUCCGUCCUCAUCAUACUGAUCACCACACCGAGGAGACACCCCACAGGUCUGGCGCUCCCCGUCUCUGAUCAGACGCCAUAUUGGGAGGUGUUCCCUCAGCUGAGUGUCGCGGACGGCCAUACAGUGACCCCCCAGGAAGUGGUCGGGGCCCCUCCCAGUCACCUGCGGCUCUCAUUGGUCAUAAAUGGAACUCGGAUCCUCAUGAAGCUCCAGCGGAAUCGACACCUGACGCCGGACUUCCACACGUUAUCCUUCUACCUCCCGGAUGGGACCCGUGUGACGGAGAACCGCCCUCAGCGGGUGAGCUGCCAUUAUCAGGGACGGCUGGCGGGACACGGCGGGCCCUGGAGCAGCCUCAGCCUGUGCGCUGGACUCAGGGGUGUGGUCAUUGUGGAGGCGGAGCAGCAGUACAGCAUCGAGCCGGUCCCGGGGGAUUCGUCCUUUAAGCACAUACUUCGACCAAUCAGUGACCAUCGCAACAUCACCUGUGAGACGCAGGACACACCCCCCGGUACAUCCACCAAUCACAAGACUGGGCGGACGCUGCUAAGUAUGGGAGACCCCCAACCCGGCCGGGAGGAACCGGCACCGCCGCCCCCGGCAGGUGGAUCCCCCAAUCAGGCGCAGGGGGGCGGGACCGGCGAGACCAAGUACGUGGAGCUGGUGUUGGUGGCUGAUAAUAGCGAGUACGAGUUGUACCACCGAGACCUGGCGACCCUUCACAGCCGGAGCCUGGAGAUCGCCAACCGCAUGGACGCCUUUUUCCGGACGGUGAAUAUUCGGGUGGUCCUGGUCGGGGUGGAGGUCUGGAGUCAGAAGGAUCGGAUAUCGAUCAGUUUGGACCCGGCGGAGACCCUGAACCACUUCCUGUCCUGGAGGAAGAAGGAGCUCCUCCCCCGAAUCCCGCAUGACAACGCCCAGCUCCUCACCGCGGUGACGUUUUCCGGCUCGGCGGCGGGAAUGGCGGCUGUGGGAUCCAUCUGUACAUCCGAUCGCUCCGGAGGGGUCAGCACGGAUCACUCGGUCUCCAUCCUGGGCGUGGCCUCCACCGUGGCGCACCAAUUGGGCCACAAUCUGGGGCUGAACCACAACGCAGCAGACGGGAGGUGCGGCCAACCCAACACCGGGAAAUACUGGAUCAUGGAGCAGGGGACCAGGGCGGGGUACAUGCCCGGGUUGGAGUUCAGCAGCUGCAGUCGGAUGGAGUUGGCCGCCAUCUUCAAUGAAGGAGGAGGGAGGUGUCUCUUCAAUGUCCCCGCCCCCUCCGCCGUGUUCGGGAAGCCGCAGUGCGGGAAUCUGGUGGUGGAGAAAGGAGAGCAAUGUGACUGCGGACUGACACAGGAGUGCGCGGACCCGUGCUGCAACGCCUCCACCUGCCAGUUGGUGGGCGGAGCCGAGUGCGCCUCGGACGGACUGUGCUGUGAGCAGUGUAAGAUAAAACCAGCGGGGACUCUGUGCCGGGAGCCCCUCGGGGACUGCGACCUCCCGGAAUACUGCACCGGGGCCACGCCCCACUGCCCCGCCAACACCUACCUGCAAGACGGGGAGACCUGCGCCCGAGGACACGCCCACUGCUACGGGGGGGAGUGCCGCACUCUGCAGAGCCAGUGUCAGAGCGUGUGGGGCCCAGGGUCCUCCCCGGCCCCCGAGGCUUGCUUCAGGAAGGUGAACAUGAGGGGGGAUCGGUUUGGCAGCUGUGGGCGGAGACUCAACGGUACUUACCUGCCCUGUUCUCCGAGGAACGCUCUCUGCGGCACCAUCCAGUGUCAGGGGGGGAGCGAUCAGCCCCUUGUGGGUUCCGGAGCCAAAUCCGUCACCGUGAAGGUCACCGUCAACGGGUCGGAGGUCUCCUGCCGCGGCACCAACUUCAACCUCGGCGAGGACGUCUGGGACCCGGUCCUGGUGAAGGCGGGGACGGCGUGCGGUCCCGGGAAGGUCUGCGUGGACCAGCAGUGUCAGGACGUCGCGGUUCUGAAGGCGCUCACCUGCCUGAGCAAAUGCAGCGGACACGGGGUGUGUAAUAGUAACAGAAACUGUCACUGUGAGCGCGGUUGGGCGCCCCCGGACUGCGGCAGCUCUGGCGAUGGCGGCAGCGUGGAUAGCGGUCCCAUGGCUCUGGAGCGCGGGGGCGGCUCCACCUCCGUCACCAUCCUCAUCGUCCUCGUCCUCCUCCUCGUCCUCAUCCUGGGCGUCUUGUGCUUCGUGAAACGCGUCGCCCUGCAGAGGAAGAUCUCCGGCGUCUUCAGCAACAGCAGCAAGUGCCAAUACCGAGUGACGGAGACCAGCAGCCAGCUCCGCCCACAGCGCCCUCCUCCGCCCCACCGGACUCAGAGUACCGAGCUGCAGGUCAUGUCUGCCAGAAACCAG